AUGUCAAUUUUUUCAGAUCUCAGCUGUAAUUUCUGGCGUUCUGCUGGUACAAAUCGAUGGGAAAUCGGAUCUCCAGGAAGGCUUUCUAAUCCUCUCACUGGCAUAAAUCAACUACCGGACACAGCUCAAAAAUUCCUCGUGGCUCCGUUUUUGGAUCCAAAUAUCAGAAGCUACACACUGGUCUCCGAAGCUCUGACCAUUCCGCUAAUGGAGACAGUAUACUUUUGUUUCUACGAGUACCUCGCCACUCAAGGGCUUUCAUUAUCAGUGUGCACCGACAGAAUGGACUGCUUCUACAGGAAGGAUACUCUUCUAACUGGAAAUACUAUUGAUUUGAGAGUGAUCGCAGAGAACAGCGGUGAAAACAAAGGCGAGAUCGGAUUCCUUCCCAUUCGACUGGCUCACGAUCCAGCUGGUCAAAAGAUGAUUUGUUAA